UCUGGGGGCGCUGUCAAAACCCUCCCCAUUCCAGAUUUUCUCCACGGUACCAACAGGGAGAACCGCGUGUGGUUGUCUGACCAGGUUCCAUUGAGUUGACGGGAACACAUCACAGGGGGGGAAUGAAGAGGGGCGUCGAAAAAACAGAGAAUUCAAACUCAACAUACCAGUCUUUGGGUUUGAGUUCAUGGAUCUGUGACGAUUAGACUAGGAGUUGAUUAUUUCGCUGUUAUUUUUAAUGUUGUUAAAGGUGUAGGGAAACUGUCGGCGAAGAUUUUAAUCAGAAUGCUGCUGGUCUGAAACAAAGGGGUCGGGACUCCGGAGUGUUGCAGUGGUAAAAGCAGGUUGAAAGGUGGACAGUGGCCACAACUCUGACAAGAUGGAGCGGGAGGAGCAGUGGUGGACGUGCCAACUCGCUGCAGACAUCCACCAGUCUCUACGAAUAAAGGAGCUGAAGUUGCCUACCUACAAGGCCCACUCUCCUCAGAUCAGGAUGCGGCGUUACUUUGCUGACCUGCUGGCUGUCCUCAGUAACCGCUACGAGCUGUGCCCAGUGGCUCGCCACCUGGCCGUCUACUUCCUGGACUUGUUUAUGGACCACUACGACGUGGCAGUCCGCCAGCUCUACGUCAUCGCCCUCUCCUGUCUCCUCCUAGCCAGUAAGUUUGAGGAGAAGGAGGACUGUGUGCCAAAGCUGGAGCAGCUCAACUCUCUGGGCUUCAUGUGCAGUCUGAACCUGUCACUGACCAAGAAGGAUCUGGUCAAGAUGGAGCUGCUUCUCUUAGAGACGUUUGGCUGGAACCUGUGUAUGCCCACGCCAGCACACUUCAUAGACUACUACCUCCAUGCUGCUGUACAGGACGGAGACCUGCACAACGGCUGGCCUCUCUCCUCCCUCAACAAGACCAGAGCCUUCAUGGACAAAUACACACACUACUUCCUGGAAGUCUCACUGCAAGACCAUGCCUUCCUGGGCUUCCGGCCUUCCCAGGUGACGGCAGCUUGCAUCGCGGCGUCCCGCAUCUGUCUCCAGAUCACCCCCAGCUGGACCACCGUCCUCCGCCUGCUCACCGGAUACUCCUGGGACCACCUCACCCAGUGCAUAAAGCUGAUGCUGCUUGCCCAUGACAACGAUGUGACACAGGCCAACAAAUCCAAGUCCAACUCUUCAUCUGUCCAGAGCCCUCUCCAACCCCAGGCCCAUCCCUCACCCUCUACAGUCUCCUGCUCCACCCUGAUACCACCCUCUUCUGGCUCCCAGCAGAUGCUCUUCCAGACAGGCGGCUACCAGCAGCACCUCACCCAGCAUUCCACUUCCGUUUCCCAGAUGCACAUGCUAGGUGAGUCCCAGGCUCUGGGCCUUGUUGGGUCUCGGGACUACCUCCAGUCCCACCAGACAGGGCUCCUCUCAGGCUCGGUUUCUCAGGGAGCCUUCCCCCCUUUCCCCAGUCUGACCUCAGGACUGGGCUCCUCCCUGCCCCUCCAGGGACCCAUCUCCAUGCAAGUGGUCCUUGCUGCAGAGCCCCGUCACUGUCUCGGCCUGUCCUACGGGGGAGGCUACCUGGGCUCCCAUCACGCCUUCACAGCAGGCUGCUUCGACAGGUGACGCCAGGAGAGGGAGGAUGAACUGAACCUGGGUCAGUCAGUGUCCUCCACCUGUCCUGACUCCCUGUCCUCCUCCACCUGUCCUGACCUCAUCCACCAAGGACGAAGGAAACCAAAAGGAAGAAGCAAUGUCAACGCAGAUCUUGCUGCGGUAUUGACCUAACAAAGGUCCUAACUAUUUGAAGUGACAAAAUAUUUGUGAUGAGAUGUUUACAUACAGUAUGUUCUGUUCCUAUCACACGACUGCUUGAUCUAUACUGAGAGACUGUGAGGCUGGUUUGGCCACUGUGAUUCUGAUAUCAACAGUGGUUGUGUGGAGCCCCUUCUUCUACACCAUUUCUCUCAAUGUGGGACAUGUGGUUGUUUAUACUAGUAUCUUUCAAUGCUGCUGCCUUAAACAAAACGAUGGCUUUAUGAUCAUGCAAGUGGUCUGUCCUUGGUAUUGUUUACAUCCGUGGUUCUCAAACCUCUCCUCAGGGACCGUCAGACGUUUCACUGUUUUGUGGUAGCUCUGAACUUGCUGACCUGAUUUACCUAUUCAAGGGCUUGAGGAUUAGUUGACAAGUUGAAUCUGGUGUUAGCUCUAGAAUAAAUAAAAUACCUGGAACGGCUGGAGGUCCCUACGGAGAGGUUGGAGGACCACUGGUUUACAUGAACAAUACCAUAUAUCAGGGUGUUUGACGGAUUACUUGGGGGGGUUGACACAGCUGUGUCAAUUAAUUCAUUUUUUAAUGUUUAACUUCUACUGGUUAAAGACGUGUGUGUUGUAGGAGAGAUGUCUCUCUGAGAUUUGUGAUCUAUUCUUUGGCUAGUGUUUUAUUUUUUUAUUUAACCUUUAUUUAAUUAGGCAAGUCAGUUAAGAACAAAUUAUUAUUUACAAUGACGGCCUACCCCCAGCCAAACCCGGACGAAGCUGGGCCAAUUGUGCGCCGCCCUAUGGGACUCCCGAUCACGGCUGGAUGUGAAACAGCCUGGAUUUGAACCAGGGACUGUAGUGAUGCCUCUUGCACUGAAAUGCAGUGCCUUAGACCGCUGUGCAACUCAGGAGAAGACUGCUGUUCUGGUGCCACUGCAGGCAUGGAGCCAUGGUGUCCAGAGGAACAGACACAUCUGUCCUCUCAGCAAAUCAAACCACAGGGGAGGAAGUGAUACUUUACUAGCUAGUCUCCGGGGGGGGGCGGGGGGGCGAAGCCACGCUUUCUCCUCAGUUGUCAUGUAAAUUCUCCUGACUGGUACCAUUUAAUAUGUGUGUCUUUGACUGAAAUCCAUGCCAGUCACACAGCCCUCUCUGGAACAGCUUCUGCUGCUCUCAUUGUCACAAACACCUUGAGAAGUUAAUGAAGCCAUGAAAAUGUUGCUGCACAGGAUAUCUUGUAGCAUCCAUCAUCUAUGUUCUGUAUUACUGCUCUGUUGGAGAUAGAAACACAAGCAUCACGCUGCAUCCACGAUAACAUCUACAAAUCUGUGUGAAUGUGACCAAUAAACUUUGAUUAGCACAUACAACUACUGAUGUCCUACCUCGGUCACUCUCCAGGGUUGUCGUGUUAUUACAACCAACCUGCUGUAAAAUUGACCUUGCUGGGUCAGAUGGAUGGAGUGCCACCAAACAUAAUAUCCUAUAAAAUGAGUAAAAAUAUAGUUGACCAUAAGAUGUUUUGUGAUUAUUGGUUGCCUUGGAUACGACCCAUUGAAUGCCAGUAGGAAUAUCUCCGACAAUUGAACAACAGAAGUAAAAAAUAACAAAGUUUGACUUUUUUCUUUGAUGCUUACAUGGAAUAUUGCCGCGUUCACAUGCUAGUUAGAAUUAGGGAACUCUUGACAUUUCUGCACGUGUAUAACUACAACCAGUUAGCAAGUGGGAAAUGUCAGAGUUUCCUAAUCCCGACUAGCAUGUGAACGCGACGUUUGUAUGGUGAGUCAUGACGCUGUCAUUUAGUGACGUCCAGGCAGGCCAGACAUGCUGUUACCAUUUAGCCAAGGACACGUGGGUCCAGUGUCCGUGUCCCAGGCUUGAUGGGGUGAGACGUUUUUUGUUUUUAUAGAGUAUAAAAUAUUUUCCACUGAUCACAUCCUGACCACAAUGUCUGUCUGCUUCCACUACUGUUGACAAAUGGCACGAAGGACCCACAGGCCUCUAGUUUAGUGGGUCUCAGAUAACAAAACCAUUCUUCUGCGUACCUUAACUUUGUCCUACCUCAAUAUAUAACCCUUGUUUUAUCAUUGGACCAAAUGUUUCUACAUUUAUAUCUGAUGUACAUUUGUUUUAAAUCUUGUGUUUUGUUAGAAUAGAUGAGGAGUUCAAUGCACCAUCGAAGACCAAUGUACUGUAUCUUGUGUGAUCUGUAGCCUAACAGUUGGUGACGGUUGGUCAUUUGAGAUAAGACUCCUUUCAAUCACAUCUAAUGUUUUAAAGGUUAUUUCAUUUUUCGUUAAUGUUUAUUAGUACUUGUGGUUUUUUUAACUGCUUGAAGACAGUGGAUUUCUUUACUUUAAAUGAAAAGUACAUUGCAUUGUACAUUGCAACCACCUAGUAGCCUCAACACUUGAAAUCCAAGUGGCCCGACUACAUGUACUUCGAUGGUACAAUGAUUACAGCUAUGUGCAGGAGAAGCACAUUGGGGAAGGGAAUCAAAACACAGUGUUUACUCUGUCAAAUGAGGUGCAAAUAAAACCCCAAAAUAAAUCCA